AUGUUGAGAGUUCGCACCACCACGAGAACAGCAUUGAGGUUCCUUCCACCGCUAGCGCACCGCGCAGCGAUACCACGACCAUACCGCACCUUCGCCACACAAACACCCAGCGAGCCCGCUCCAAAAUCCAAGCAACCCCCACAACCAUCACAGCAGCAGGCUCGAAAAUCCGAUUUGGCAUGGACGGGCGAAGAGCUAAACUACGACGAGAUAUCCCCGCGUGCAUCCUUCGACUACUUCGUGCGCGACUUGCAGACCGUGAAACGCCACUUCAACUCGCAACCUUUCGCCCAGAUCUCACCGGGAUGUCUCAUUGACAAGUUGAUUGACGUUGUCGAGGCCAACGUUGAAGAUGGCAAGUUGAGCACGAUUAAGCGCGAGGUGUUUGACGUUUACCCGUUUAUCCGCUUGAUUAAUGUUCUCCCUGAGGUGUGGCGCGUGCAUUGCGAGUCGACGCGCGUGUUGGAUGAGUGGGCUCAGAUGAGGGUGGACGUGGGCGAGGGGGAUGAGGUUAAGGUUUUGCCGAAGCGGUAUGCUGUUGAUGCUUAUAAGGAGCGGUUUUUCAGACCGAAGCGGUCUGGUGAGGGCGAGAGCGAGAGCGAGGGAGAGUGA